GCUGGAUCCUGGGUCCCCCGGGGCGGCCCCAGAGGGCGGGAGGCCGGGAGGAGGCGGCCGACGCAUCCGCCGCCGCAGGAGGCGGAGCGCUGCACCUGGCGGCCGGUCCUCCAGCUCAGCCCUGAAACGGGUCCAGCCGGUCGUGAGCGAAGGCAGCCGCGGCGGCAGCGGCGAGGCCCGGCCGGGGACCGGAGCGGGAGGAGGAGCGCACCAGAAGGUCGCGCGGCGGCUGCGCCAGGCCACCGCCGUCGCUCGCCCCACCCGGCUCGCAGCCAGCCGCCGCGCCCGCCGCAGCCCCGGGAGAGGAGCGAGCCACCCGACCGACAUGCUGCGCUCUGGCCCGCCCGCCGCCGCCGCCGCCCCGGCGCCCCGAGCCGCCGCCCCGCACCCCGGGGACAGGGUUCCCCGCGCCCCGCGCAGCUGAGCGCCUCCAGGUCACCAGUCAGGAUUCCGAAGGUCUCAGCCCCUGAUGGGAGUGGUAAGCCAUGGCUGCAGAUGAUAAAGUCGCAAUCCUAACUGAUGAUGAAGAGGAACAGAAGAGAAAGUACGUGCUUGCCGACCCCUUCAACGGCAUCUGCAGGGAACCGGAGCCACCGUCCAACGAAACCCCCUCCUCCACGGAGACCUCCGCCAUCCCCGAGGAGGAAAUAGACUGGAUAGAGAAACAUUGCGUGAAAAUAAACAAUGACCUUCUCAUUUCCAAGGUGUUUUAUUUUUUCUUUUAUUCUGCCUAUGGCUCUCUUUACCCACUCCUGCCUGUGUAUUACAAACAGCUGGGGAUGUCGCCCAGCCAGAGCGGAUUGUUGGUAGGCAUUCGCUACUUCAUUGAAUUCUGCAGCGCCCCCUUUUGGGGUGUCGUAGCAGAUCGUUUCAAAAAGGGCAAAAUUGUCCUCCUCUUCUCACUUUUGUGUUGGGUCUUGUUCAACCUGGGCAUUGGAUUUGUCAAGCCUGCCACCUUGAGAUGUAUACCAAAGAGUCCCCCCACAGCGCACCCCACCAACGUCAGUCACCCCGUCACCCCCCUGCCAAUGAAUGCCUCCACCAUGGCUUUCUUUACCAUGCCACCAAAGUCCCGUGAGAAAAGGAACGCGCUGUCCUCGCUGUCUGACACAGGGCCCAAUAGCUCAGACGCGGCUCUCUUCUCCACAACAGCCUUGACCUUGACCGGUGAACCCACGCUGCAGCCCCAGCCCGAGGAAGCAACCCACCCCCCGGGGAUGGACUUGGUGCUGAACACAAGCACGGCGACUCCCACCCACGCCGGGAACGCCACGGAGACAACCACCGCCGCGGGCGCCGCCACCACCACCAAAUCUUUACCCUCGGACCAAGUCACCCUCCUCUACGACCAGCAAGAGGUGGAGGCGAUAUUCCUGGUGAUCUUGGUGGUUGUCAUCAUCGGGGAAUUUUUCAGUGCCUCUUCGGUCACGAUUGUAGACACAGUGACGCUGCAGUACCUGGGGAAACACCGGGACCGCUACGGGCUGCAGCGCAUGUGGGGCUCCCUGGGCUGGGGCCUGGCCAUGCUGUCGGUGGGCAUCGGCAUUGACUACACCCACAUAGACGUGCUCAUCGACGGGAAGGGGUGUAAGCCCCCCGAGUACCGGAACUACCAGAUCGUCUUCAUCGUCUUCGGAGUUCUCAUGACCCUGGCCCUGGUCGUCGCCACUCAGUUCCGGUUCCGCUACAACCACUUCAAGCACGGCGACGGGAAAGGCAAAGAGGUGGAGAUCCCCCAGGUGGAAAGGGACAACUCCACCGAGUCCUCGGAGGAGACGCCGACGGCCGCGGCUCACUCGCAGGCCUUCAACUUCUGGGACCUGAUCAAGCUGCUGUGCAGUGUGCAGUACGGCUCGGUGCUGUUCGUGGCCUGGUUCAUGGGUUUUGGAUACGGCUUUGUGUUCACCUUUCUCUACUGGCACCUGGAAGAUCUGAACGGAACUACGACCCUCUUUGGGGUCUGUUCGGUCCUGAGCCACGUGUCCGAGCUCACGGCUUACUUCUUCAGCCACAAGCUUAUUGAGCUGAUUGGCCACAUCAGGGUUUUGUACAUUGGACUGGCCUGCAAUACAGCUCGCUAUAUUUACAUUUCCUACCUGGAAAAUGCCUGGACUGUCCUCCCCAUGGAGGUCCUGCAAGGAGUCACACAUGCAGCCAUCUGGGCAGCAUGCAUCUCCUACCUCAGUGCAGCUGUCCCCCCUGAGCUGAGGACUUCUGCCCAGGGCAUCCUGCAAGGUCUUCAUCUGGGUUUGGGGAGAGGAUGUGGUGCCAUGAUCGGAGGCGUGUUAGUCAAUUACUUUGGGGCUGCUGCGACCUUCCGAGGAAUUGGCAUGGCCUGCCUGGUGAUCCUCCUGCUGUUUGCCCUGAUCCAGUGGCUUGCAGUGCCAGACGAGGAAGAAGACAAGACAAUGUUGGCAGAAAGGAUUCCUGUUCCCUCUAGUCCCGUUCCCAUAGCAACCAUCGACCUGGUACAGCAACAGACAGAAGAUGUCAUGCCACGCCUGGAGCCCAGACUUCCACCCAAGAAAACCAAGCACCAGGAAGAACAGGAGGAUGUGAACAAACCAGCCUGGGGGGUCAGCUCUUCUCCCUGGGUGACCUUUGUGUAUGCCCUCUACCAGGUUAAAGAGAUGAUUCAACUGACGAGAGACAGCCGUGCGUCUGAGAUACAGCCUUUGCAGGGGACCAGUGAGAAUCGGGAAAUUUCUGCAGUUGGUGGAGCCCAGCGUGUCCCCUGUGAGACUCACUCUGACCCACCUAGAAACCAGCCAUUCCCUGACACAGCAGCAUCUCAAACGCAGUCCAGCCCCGCUCAUUCCAGUGCUGCCCCACAUGUAGAGGAGAGUGGGGAGCAGCAGGCUCAGCCCACUGCAGGAGAACACUGAAGGGCUCCUGAUCAUCUCACACCCCGCAUGGCACCAGGCACCUCAGCCAGGACACAGAGGGCAAGGCCCUCACCCUGGACAUGCCUUCCCAAGGGGAGCACCGCACUGCAUAUGCUUCUAUCUAAAUCACUACUAUGGAACCAUACACACACACACACACACACACACACACACACACACACACACACACACACACACGAGCUAUAGUACUUGUUGGCAGGAAAAGGGAAACCUCCACAGUCCUGUAGAUGCAGAAGGACAGGGUUGGGUAAGGACCUCCCCUCUUGGUUGGUUAGGUCCGAGCUAACUCCUCUGCUAGGGUCUAUGAGUGGGGAGCAAAACUCACACCAAAUGAACAGGUCUCAAGGUGAACUGUGACAUCAUCUUCCUUUCCUGAUUAUUUAUUCUAAAUAUUGGGUUCUCAGUGCAAAGCGAGAUAAAAAGAGUGCAUCUAUAGAUUUAUUUGUCUUAGAGAAAGGCAUUUUAGAAAUUAUAAGACAUAUUUAAAAGGGAACCAGAUGGAAGUUAGUGGAACAUACACACUUUUUUUGUUGUUUAAAAAGGUUCAAGGUUUCUCUGAACCUUGCACAUCUCUAGCAAAUCUAUUUUUAUAUGCACAUGUCUAUAGUGAAAACCGACUACUGCAUACUGAGUUGAGCUUUAAGAGGCCCUUGUCUCAAUGGGCUGUAAGAAGGAGCAGAAGUGAGAGACUGUUUCAAAGAAUCCCCCCCAAGUCAUUCUCCUAAAACUUGACAGACGAGGGUUGACAAUGCAGAUCCCACAGCAACAGCCGUCGCUGUACUAUUUACAAAGAGCAGGAUAAGAUUUAAGUGCCUGGGGAGGGGCACUGUGUUUAAAAAUUACAUAUUAGGUCUGUUCUAUGAGGUAGUAAGUUGGAAGCCAGGAAUAGGAAUUGUGGGAACAAGAAGAGCUGUCUAAGACUUAAGCAAAUCUUAGUAUGUUCUUCUCCCCUAACUGUAGUCAUACACUGGAACCUUUAGGUUUGGGCUAGCUCCACCUUUUACCACCACAGACAGGAGGUGUCCUGAGCGGAAAGGAGAGGCUUCUGGGAGGCCUGUGGAUGUGGAAUGCGCUGUGGCCUAACAAAGGGCAGUCAUAGUGUGGAUAGACAUUGAGUAUGAACUUGAGAGAAUGGGUGGAAAUGGGAGCUCACCUUAGCCUCUGACCCCGAGCAGGUGGGAUCAGCCGUAUGUAACGUGAAGGCUUCCCUGUGAUAUCUCCGCCUGUCCCUGCAUCUGGGAGGAGACAUUCUACACCUGGGUGUCUAGCUUCACCACAAAACACAGCUUAAAAUGACGGGAACAGUCAAGCAGAUGGUUAUUUUUGCACUUGAACGAUACUGUACUGUCAGUCACCAUGACUCAUUUUAAGUGACCUUUAAAAUCAGAUGUUAUUUAUUAUGCUCGUGUAGUUACUGAAGUGAAGUGGGAGCCAGGCCGAGCCCCACCUCUGAAUGUACAGCAUGUGGAUUUGUAACUGAAUGUAGGGAGCCAGAACCUUGUAUCUUGUGUUUACAGUUCUGAUCGAUUGCUUUGGAGAUGCUCAAUGGAUGUUGUUGAAAUAAAAAGUAAAUACCAUUUUUAAAUACUUCCUAAAUGAAAAACAUGUGACCAAACAAGUGGAACCCUCUGUUUUGUGAUGAAUGACACCAAACUCAACAUGCCUUUGUCACAAAAUGUUUACUGUGAGUGUUGGUCCAACAAUGCAGUGAUUUCCAGCCUUUAGAGCUGACACCUUCAUGAGUUUGUGGACUUUGUGACUUUUUCUUCCUGUCCUUAAAGUGCCAUAUACCACUUAAAAAACAUUAAAGUGAAUUCGAAUUAAA